AAUAAAUAAACAGAAAUAAAUAUCAGGGCUUUUAUUUUUACACUCCAUAACCGGAAGUGGAGCGUCCGGUUCCCGGUAGAUUAACGGCUCCGGUCGGGCCCAGUCAAAACAAUGCAGCUUAGCUGGCCUGCUGCGUGAAGCUAACGGUAGAUAUUCAGCCGUUAUUUAACCGUUACUCAACCGUUACUCAACCGUUACUCAGCCGUUAGUUAACCGUUAACUCUGUGCUCGGUGCCUGUAACGGUUCCCGUGUGGCGGUUAGUCGUGUGGCGGGAGGCUCGUGCCGUCCCCGGGGUGUUGGUGUCUGUGGAGACUAUGGCGGACGGAGGGCAGCCGAGACUCGGUUAGUAGACCCGGAGGAACCGCGGGAGACAGAGCGGGAGGAGACCCAGGCUGGUUAGAGACCGUCCUGCCCGGGAGCAUGGUGCAGUAGGCGGCCGCUCGCUGCUGACGCUACCGGCCCCUCCGACCCAGAGACCCACCGACCCACCGCCCUCCGGCCGGCCGGACGUGGUGCUCCGUGGCCGGCAGCAGCAGCGCCAUGGCCCCGGGCUCGCUGGUGGCGGCCUGCCGCAGCCUGGCCCUGUCCACGUGGCUGCUGUCCUUCUGCUUCGUGCACCUGCUGUGCCUGGACUUCACGGUGGCGGAGCGCGAGGAGUGGUACACGGCCUUCGUCAACAUCACCUACGUGGACCCGGCCACCUCGGAGCUGCGCACCGACAAGACGGAGUGCGGCCGCUACGGGGAGCACUCCCCGAAGCGGGACGCCCGGGGGCUGCUGGUGCUGCCCGCCGCGCCGCACGACCGCCAGGCCUGCGACCCCAACACCCGGUUCCUGGUGCCGGCGCAGGCCGCGGCCUGGGUGGCGCUGAUCGCCCGGGGCAACUGCACCUACAAGGACAAGAUCCGCCACGCGGCCGCACACAACGCCUCCGCCGUGGUCAUCUUCAACGUGGCGACCAGCAACAGCAACGAGACCAUCACCAUGCCGCACUCAGGUACGGGCGAGGUGGUCGCCAUCAUGAUCCCGGAGCCCAAAGGCCGCGAGGUUGCAGCUCUACUGGAGCGCAACGUGACGGUCACCAUGACGAUCACCAUCGGGACGAGGAACCUGCAGAAGUACGUGAGCAGGACGUCGGUGGUGUUCGUGUCCAUCUCCUUCAUCGUGCUGAUGAUCAUCUCGCUGGCCUGGCUCGUCUUCUACUACAUCCAGAGGUUCAGAUACGCCAACGCACGAGACCGCAACCAGCGUCGUCUAGGCGACGCAGCCAAGAAGGCCAUCAGCAAGCUGCAGGUCCGCACCAUCAGGAAGGGCGACCAGGAGACGGAGGCCGACUUCGACAACUGUGCCGUCUGCAUCGAGGGCUACAAGCCCAACGACGUGGUCCGCAUCCUGCCCUGCAGACACUUGUUCCAUAAGAGCUGUGUGGAUCCGUGGCUGCUGGACCACCGUACCUGUCCCAUGUGCAAGAUGAACAUCCUGAAGGCCCUGGGCAUCGCUCUGAACGCAGACUGCCUGGACGAGCUGCCCCUGGACUACGACCUGGCCCUGGGGGGCGUGGGGGGGGUGGGGGUGGGCGGGGUCGGGGCCCUGGCGCUGGAGGCCGUGGUCUCCGGGGCCUCCAGCGACGGCACGCUGAGCGAGGCCGGCUCCUCCGUGGUGCUGGACCCCGGGGUCCGCCGGGUGGGACUCCCUCAGGACUACCAGGACCCCGACACGCUGAGAGACAGCCCUGUUACAGCUACCACAGACACACACACAGGCGAGCUGCAGCCGAUGGCGAGCAGCGCCUCCGUGGCGUCCUUGGUCAUCACCGUGGAAACGGGUCUCUCAGACGAGGAGGGCUCCAUGGAGCAGUCCCAGCUGGGAGAGAAGUCCUGAGAGGAGCCCACCAGAACCAAACCAGAACCCUGGGCCAAAACAGACUCUAAACAGGUUGAGAUCUUUAAAAGACUUCAGUGGACCUGAAUCUGUGGAGAACCUCCUGACUGAAACCAGAUCCAAGCCAAAACUUGACUGCACUAGACGGAGCGUGACCCAGGACCUGGUUCUGGUUUUGACCGGGUUUUUCUCUUCGGACCUUAGCUAAACCAAACCAACUUAUCUGGCCCCCAGGUGGACCAGGAUCUAGACUUUGAUGGGUUUUCACAUCGUGGACCUGAGUUAGAUAAAUGUGUGCGUGUUGGUUUCUAUCUGGACUCAAAGAACCUGGUUUGGCUCGGUGUUUUAGUCUCCUCUGGGGCACUUGGUUGGACCAGGACCUGACCUGAUCCAGCGUGGUGUAACUCAGCUCUCCAGGUGUUCUACUGGGAUAUAAUCUAGUCUACCUGUCUGUUGUCAACCCGUGCAGGUGUCUUAAUCGACCCACGUUUUCCUGCGUUUGUUUGGUCCGACGGUCUCUUCCUUGGUCCGACCCAUCCGUCACGUAAAGAAGUUCAAAUAUAAAUACAGACCUUCAUUUCAAACGUCGUGGAACUCGUCAAGACAUUCGUCUCUUUACUCUCAAAGGUCGGAUGGGAUUCGAGUCUCCACGAGAUGUUUUACUCGGUACUGAACAGGGUAGGACCUGAGGAAGUCUGCUGCCAGAAGAGGAUCUGCUCUUGGACGGCCGAUCCUUAAACCCGGAGGAUCUUUGAUGGAUGCGUGAGAACUCUAAACACCAGUGUGUGUUUCUAAAAGUGUCUGUGAGCGAUCCAGGAAUCUGGAUGAACCUGCGUAUUUCUACCUGUCGUACUUCAGUAAGGGGCGAUCUUGUCUCGGGACCUUUUCCUGGAAUCUUCUGGUUGUUUCGGGUGGAAAGGCACAACUAAACAAACCUGGACGGGACUCAGCAUCAGGGCUGCUCGUCUGGUUUCUCUGGUUAUUUUCGCUCCCUCUGAUUGGCCCGGUGCUGUUUCUUGAUGUCUGCAGUGACUGACUUUUCAUUUUGGAAAGGAAGACUUUAUUUUUUAAAGGACACACCAGAGAUUGAUUUUUUCUUUUAGCUGAACACGGUGGAGCCCCUGUCGUAGUAUUACAGUUUGACUGCAGUAUUAAAUCACAACUACACGCAGUAUUUUUUUAGUUUUUUCUCUUUUUGCCUGUCUGUAUAGUUCAAGGCUCUUUUAUCUUUACAGUGCAGUCGUACUGACAGUAUUUGGUUUGGAUGCUUUUUGUCCUCGGCUGUGGUUCCAAACAGGGUUCCUCUGUACGACAUCAAGAAAUGACUGUUAGCCGGCCUGUACAGAAUAUUAUUCAGUGUGACAAAGGUUGAUGAAAUGUGGAAUGUAAUUCCUAAUGUGAAAGACGUAGAAGGUUUGAACCGGUGACGGAUCAUAACGGCUGCAC